AAGAGGAUAAAGGGUUAACUACUUAAGAUUAACUAUAUAUAUUUAGCCUAAGCAUUGCAGUGAAUAAAACAUUGAAUUGCUAUAUUUGUCUUUUUUUGGUAUGUGCAAUAGCCUAGGCAAUGGUUUUGAAUUAAUCAAAAAAGUUGAUGUAAUGUUUUAAAUCUAAAAUAUUUUGCAAAGAAGCAAGUUAAAUCUAUAGUCUAUGUAUUUUGCAUUAAAGUAAGCAUGUGUGUUGUCAGAUGGGUUAUAGUGCAUUAAUAACCAGAUUUCUCCACCAGCACCAUAUUUUGUUCCUUGGUUAUUUAUUUUUGGAAGGAAAGUGUAUGCUGAAAGAAAGAGAGAUCUGUUUAAGCUGUGGCAGAACUUUGUGUUUAAGUUCUUUAAUAGCAAACUCUAAAGGUUGUCUUAUAUGUAUUGUUUUUGUACUGAUGUAAAUGGAAUGACAACAUAAUCUCCAGUGUUCAGAUUUUCAGGGCUCGUUGCAUUUUCACACUUGUUCUCUCCAUCCCUAACUCUCAACAACGAAUCUCUCCCAACUUCAGUGGAGCUGUAGCAUCCCAUCUCCUCCAAACCCUGUUCUCAACCCCUGGCAACUGGAGCUCAGCCAUUCUCAGCCGCAUCUUGGCACUGACUCAUGAAUGAUUCACAGAGUGGGCGGGGCUUAACAAUGAGAGCUGAUGCAUUCCGGGAGGAUGGAUGGCUGUUUCGUUGACAGACAGGACACACAGCCAAUGGUGUCGAAACUGAGACCUAAAAUGGCCAGUGCAACCCCCGCUUGCAGAUAAGGUGGGGCAAGGAGAGAGAGUGAGAGCGAGCGCCAAUGAGAAAGGCAACACAGAAAAGCGAAAAGCAAGGGAAGAUAAAAGAGAGGGUGGCUGCUGCAUCAACCUACAUCCCAGAUACUCAGUAUGAAAAUGUCAAGCAGUUCUGAUAUAAUCCAGCAAAUCUAUCCCUUCCAUGAUGGCUGGAACAUUGCCUGCUUCAUCAUCAUACUUCUCUUCAUCCUCACCAUCCUCUCCCUCGCCACGCUGGCAUUCCUCUAUGAACUUCUGGACUGCGGAUGCUUCAGCAAGACCAAAACAGUCCGUGAUCUGCGACGCCGGCCAGAAGAGGUGGUUUAGCUGUAACCACGGUGACAGCGGACAGAGUUACCAUAGGAACCGCAUCAGUAAAUUAGUCGAAAAAAUUGCAGAUUUGGACAGGGCUAAAUUUCCUUUAAAAACACACCGCACAUGUAUAAUAGCCAUCCUCCCUAACACGAUCCGACAGCAAUAGACGGAACAGAUCUGUAAAUAUAAGAUUUUCUUUUUUUUUUAAAAGGGAGGAACUUGCUUGUGUGUUUCUGUGCAUGCCAAUGUGUCCUCUAUCUAUGAUCUGCAUUCAGUAUUCCAGUAAUAUUGUGUGAUGACUAUAUAAUACUGUUAAAUUGUGUUUCCAUGAAAAAAUACCUUUGUGUGGGAUGACAAACAGUUUAUCUGUCAGUAUUGUGGAAUUCAUAAGCUACAUAUGAUUCAAAUAUUCACACCCUGGGGUUAGUGUAAAGAGAAUUUGUAUAUGUUUGUUUAUAACCACUGUUAGGGGAGUUCAAAUUUGGUAAAAGCUGUUAUAUAUCUUCAAGAACACUGACGGCCAUUUGAUGCAUCUUUGUAAAUGCCUUAAAAUGUGUAUUUAAAAUUGUAUAACAAAAACUAAACAAGCACAAUGAGGUGUGGUUUCCAUUAGAAUCAAACAAGAUCUGAGAUUUUUAUGUUUCACCCUCACUGAAGUCAAUGUGUUCAGCAUCACAAUACAUCCUUGCAAAAUUUUAAACAAACACUUCUCUGGAAAAUGACAUUAGCUUAUAAUUGACUCACCCUCAUGUCAUCCUAGGUGUAUGUGACUUUCUUUCCUUAACCGAACACAACAGGACUCUUCCUAGCUUUGUAAUUCUAUUGAAUGGUGAAACUCCAAAAAGAGAAAAAGUUAUCCACAACCUCAGAGGGAUCUUAAAUGCCCUCAUAGCUGCCAAGUCUAGUAUUGUUUAAGCACUAUGUAUUAUGGGUUAUUUUUAAUAGUGUGGUUCUCAACAGGAUGUGUUUGCAGAUAUGAACAAUGAUUCUUUGCCAUUCCAAGUUGAUAUGACAUUUAAAGUAAAUACUUCCCAGG